CUGGAGUGUCAGAGCCUGCCCACGAAGGAACUCAACGCUGCGUCCCGCCAGCUCUGCCACCGCCGCCGCCGCCGCCGCCGCUGCAACCUCCGCGAUGCUCCUCCGAGCCGUGCUGCUCUGCGCUGCCCUGGCGCUCAGCCACGCAGCAAAUCCUUGCUGUUCGAACCCGUGUCAGAACCGAGGCGAAUGUAUGAGUACAGGAUUUGACCAGUAUAAGUGUGAUUGUACUCGGACAGGAUUCUACGGGGAAAACUGCACUAUUCCUGAGUUUCUGACAAGAAUCAAGUUGCUGUUGAAGCCCACCCCAAACACAGUACACUAUAUCCUGACCCACUUCAAGGGAGUCUGGAACAUUGUGAAUAACAUUCCUUUCCUGCGAAAUUUGAUCAUGAGUUAUGUGUUGACAUCCAGAUCACAUUUGAUUGACAGUCCACCAACUUACAAUGUGCACUAUGGUUACAAAAACUGGGAGGCCUUCUCCAACCUCUCCUACUACACCAGAGCCCUUCCUCCGGUAGCUGAUGACUGCCCAACUCCCAUGGGUGUGAAAGGAAAUAAGGAGCUUCCUGAUUCAAAAGAAGUUCUGGAAAAAGUUCUCCUAAGGAGAAACUUCAUCCCUGACCCCCAAGGCACGAAUAUGAUGUUUGCAUUCUUUGCCCAGCAUUUCACUCAUCAGUUUUUCAAGACAGAUCAGAAACGAGGACCUGGAUUCACCCGAGGACUGGGCCAUGGGGUGGACUUAAAUCACAUUUACGGUGAAACUCUAGACAGACAACAUAAACUGCGCCUUUUCAAGGAUGGAAAAUUGAAAUAUCAGGUCAUUGAUGGAGAGGUGUAUCCUCCCACAGUCAAAGACACUGAGGUAGAAAUGAUCUACCCACCUCACAUCCCUGAGCACCUACGGUUUGCUGUGGGGCAGGAGGUCUUUGGUCUAGUACCUGGUCUGAUGAUGUAUGCUACAAUCUGGCUUCGGGAGCACAACAGAGUGUGCGAUGUGCUGAAACGCGAGCAUCCUGAGUGGGACGAUGAGAGGUUAUUCCAGACGAGCAGGCUCAUACUGAUAGGAGAGACUAUCAAGAUCGUGAUCGAAGACUACGUGCAGCACCUGAGCGGCUACCACUUCAAACUCAAGUUCGACCCGGAGCUGCUUUUCAGCCAGCAGUUUCAGUACCAGAACCGCAUUGCAGCUGAAUUCAACACGCUCUAUCACUGGCACCCUCUGCUGCCUGACACCUUUCAGAUCGAAGAGCAGGAGUACAACUUCAAACAGUUCCUCUACAACAACUCCAUCCUCAUUGAACACGGGCUCACCCAGUUUGUUGAGUCAUUCACCAGACAGAUCGCCGGCCGGGUUGCUGGCGGUAGGAAUGUUCCAGUUGCAGUAAAAGCAGUGGCCAAGGCCUCCAUUGACCAGAGCAGAGAGAUGAAAUACCAGUCCCUGAACGAGUACCGCAAACGCUUCUCCCUGAAGCCUUACACAUCGUUUGAAGAACUUACAGGAGAGAAGGAAAUGGCCGCAGAGUUGGAAGCCCUCUACAGUGACAUCGACGCCAUGGAGCUGUAUCCUGCCCUGCUGGUGGAAAAGCCUCGUCCGGAUGCUAUCUUUGGGGAGACCAUGGUAGAACUUGGAGCACCAUUCUCCUUGAAAGGACUUAUGGGUAAUCCCAUCUGUUCUCCUCAAUACUGGAAGCCAAGCACUUUUGGAGGAGAAGUGGGUUUUAAGAUCAUCAACACUGCUUCCUUUCAGUCGCUCAUCUGUAAUAACGUGAAGGGCUGCCCCUUCACCUCCUUCAAUGUGCAAGACCCACAGCCUGCCAAAGCAGCCACCAUCAAUGCAAGUGCCUCCCAUUCCAGACUAGAUGACCUCAACCCUACAGUGCUAAUCAAAGGGCGUUCAACUGAGCUGUAGAAGUCUAUUGGUCAUAUUUAUUUAUUUAUAUGAACAAUUUAAUUUAAUUAUUUAAUAUUUAUAUGGAAUGCCCUUUUCACUUAACAUCUUCUAUAACAGAAGGCAAUGUUCUGAACCAUGUUACAUUUGUGAAGAUUCCUGUGUUUGUACUUUAAAUAUGUGUUGCCCUCAAGUGAAAGAGAAAAACCGCUUCCAGUCUUUCACAUAAACCAGGGGGAAAUGAAUUUUGAUAUCUUUUUACUUGAAUUUCAGCUCAUAGUAUAUCUUAAUAAGAACAAAGGAAAGAUAUUUGAAUACUUAAAUGCUAUUACAAGAUGAAAAGUGCUACAAGUGUCUACACUGUUGAUUAUGACUCCUAUCUUCCAUGCUACAUUGGGAGCAGCUAAUGUGGAAAUUUAAAGAAAUCUUGCGUAUUUUUAAUCUCAGAAAACAAAAGGUAUAAGUUCAGUUUUCAGUGAACAUUUAAGGUAGAUACUGCCAACAAGUUCAUUUUUU